GACGGGCAGCAGAACGGCGUGCGCCUGGCGAGACAAAGGCGUCGGACCAGGGAACAGGAGAAAGAGGCGAGACAUACUUCUUGUUUUUUCGGGACACAUCUGCACGGAAAUGUGAAGAAAGUCACCGGAACAGUAGAUUGGGUGAUGGGAAGAUAAAACAUCGGAAUUCAGCACGAGCUGAACCCCUGUCCCUCCUCAUAUGCUUUUAAAAUAAUUUCUCCAACGCCCCCAAAUUAGCAAGCCUGCUAGCGUUAGCCAACUGCUUGCCACACUCAUCAUUCCUUCAGAAUCAGAAGAAAGGACCAAGAUAAACUACAGGAGGUGGCCAAGAGACAAAAAGGAGCUGAACGUCUACUUAAUUCGUCUCCUGAAGUCUGAUGUACAAAUACGGGGACUAUGCCUAGCCCCCUGUUUCAUCCCGAUAUCAUGGAUCACGAAAUGGUAGUGAGCAGUCCGCAGCAGAACGGGGUCACUUUAUCGAGAGAAACCGACCAAGAGUCCCGGGAGGAGGACCAUCAGGAGGUGCUCCGGUAUGCUCUCGACCAGCUCUCGCUUAUGGCUAUGGAGAAGGUCGACCGCGGCGGCGGGAUGGUGGAAUCUCUAGACGACACUCCGGGCUCGGUGGGGGAGACGUGUAACGUCAACGGCGUUGGAGGCGGAUAUGUGGACCUACAGAUGCUGGAACACCCAGGCGGCUCACGGGAGUCCCCGACGUCCUGCUCCCCGUCCCCGGAGUACUAUGGCACAGGCGGAUACCACAUGGCCGGCCCGCACUCCCAUCCCAUUCUCGGGGAACAAAGCUCCGUGCUGAGCCGAAAGAGGAGCGUCAACAUGACUGAAUGUGUACCUGUGCCUAGUUCGGAACACGUCGCAGAAAUAGUUGGGAGACAAGGCUGUAAGAUCAAGGCCCUGCGCGCCAAGACCAACACAUACAUCAAGACUCCAGUGCGCGGGGAGGAGCCUGUGUUCAUAGUGACGGGCAGACGCGAGGACGUCGAGAUGGCCAAGCGUGAGAUCAUCUCGGCCGCCGAGCACUUCUCCAUGAUCCGCGCCUCACGCUGCAAGGCUGGAGCCGGACAGGGCCCCGGGGCGAGCGGCACCGGAGGCCCUCUCCCCGGCCCCCCCAACCUGCCUGGCCAAACCACCAUCCAGGUGCGGGUGCCGUACCGCGUGGUGGGUCUGGUGGUGGGGCCCAAGGGAGCCACCAUCAAGCGAAUCCAACAGCAGACGCACACGUACAUCGUGACGCCGAGCCGCGAGAAGGACCCUGUGUUUGAGGUCACUGGCAUGCCAGAGAAUGUGGACCGGGCACGUGAGGAGAUUGAGACGCACAUCACGCUGCGCACGGGCGCCUUCGUCGACCUGCAGGCCGACAACGACUUCCACAGCAACGGCACAGACGUCAGCCUGGAGGGUCUGGGGGCCGCGCUGGCCGGGGGAGCCGGGGGGCUCGGAGGAGCGCUCUGGUCUCGUGCCACCCACCACCACCCAGGAUCCCCUCCUCCUCCCCCGCCCCCGCCCCCACCACUCCCCCUCUCCUCAGCUCCCUCCUCACGCAAGCCUUCGGCCUAUCACAACGGAGGCAUGGGGCUGGACGCCUACCCCCCGACACGACGCGCCACUGACGGCGGGAGCCCCACCAGCCCCUUUAGCACCGGCAGCAGUGGAGGCGGCGGCUUCUCCUUCGGUUCCGACCCGACGGGCCUCACCGGGCCUCCCGGUGCUGCCGAUGACCUGGCCUUUGAGUUCAGCGCCGCCAACAUCUGGGCGCCGUUUGUGAAUGGCGGGAAGCCGCAGCAGCAGGGGGUGGCAGGCGGUGGAGGAAACGGAGGGCCGUCUGUGGCGGCAGCGCCCUCUUCUGGCGGCCCAGCGUCGCACCCGCAGCCCUUGCGACGGAACAGCAGCGGUCUGAGUGGCGGCGUGCUGACCCCUCGGCUCUCCCCUACACUGCCCGUUGCCGUGGGUAGCAGCAGCGAGGCGGCUGGGCUCCUGGACCACCCGCUCGCCCGCCGGGCCCAGUCGGACCCCCUCAGCACUCUGGCCUGGCUGCAGACGGGCGGCGUGGGCGUGGCCUCCUUCUCAUCCUGCAGCGGUGGCGGCGGAGGGUCCAGUUCCAGCUCGGGAUCGUCCAGCUCCACCGGCUACUCGUCCUGUUCGGCAUCCUCGCUGCCCGGCGGCUCCCCGACCGACUCGGAGGGCGGCGGCAGCGGCGUGGGUCUUCCUGUGGCGGGCAUGUUGGGCCGACUGAAGAGCGCUGGCAGCGUGGUCGGCGUCGGGGCAGCGGGGCUGGUGAUGGCGGCCGGCGCAGCAGGAGCGGGCAGCAGAGAUUGCUGCGUGUGCUUCGAGAGCGAGGUGACUGCGGCGCUGGUGCCCUGUGGCCACAACCUCUUCUGCAUGGACUGUGCUGGCCAGAUCUGCCAGUCGCAGGAACCCGAGUGCCCCAAGUGCCACACGCCUGCCACACAGUGCAUCCGCAUCUUUUCCUAAUGCCGCCCUGCCCUGCUUCACUCCCUCCCACAUCGUACCCCUACCCCCAGCCCCAGCCCCUGGGCCUGCACGGCCCACAGCCACCAGAACAAACAAACAUACACACAUACCAACAAACAACAAACAGCCCCACAGAAACAAACCAACCAAUCAUUGGAAAGCAAAAUCUUCCUGUUCCUGCUCGGGACUUUCUAGAGGUCGUGACCCCACCGAGAGAGACUGGCUGUGUAGCGGGGAGGCAUUGGUCACCCCCUCUCUCUGCCCGGCCGCCCACUCUGACUCCCGCAUUAGAUAUGACACUAUACUGAUUGAAUUAUUAAUAAUAAUAAUAAUGAUAGUAAUAAGAUGGUGAUAAUAAUAACGAUUCUAUUAUGAUCGACUCCUGUGUUUCAUCAGAGACUGCACACGUGUACACAUCUAUUCUUUCCUAGAACAUGGAGCUUUUUACAAAUAAUUUGUUUUGUUUUUCUGUUUUUGGAGGUUGUGGGGAAAGACACCUGUGUCUUACUUUUGCUUCUCUCCUUCGCUCUUCCUCCUUUUUUUUUUGAGCAAUCUCUUCUUCAACCCUCUGUUUCUCUGUGUGUGUGUGAUGCUGUCUGGGAUGUCUCUGUGCAGCAGACAGUAGAGACUGACUUUUUCCUUUCUCUGAAUGGACAGAUGUGUGUGUGUGUGUUUUCAGUCCAAGGUCACUUAGGUUUGCACUUUCUCCAGCAUUUUCUUUUUGUGUGUGUGUGUGCGUCCGUGUGUGUGUGUGUGUGUGUGUGUGUGUGUGUGUGUUCUCUGACACUCUGGAGAAGGCUCUAUCCACUUGGGCCAGCGGUGGCCAUAAGUUGCACUACCACACACAUACACAUACACAUGCAGACACGUACACCAGGCACCUGCAAGUCUAAAUGGUUCCAGAACAUUUUCCCUGUAUAAGAAUACGUAAUAAGAACACUUGUCUGUUGUCUCCGGUGGUAACGGAACAGAUGUGCUAAGUCAGCAGUGAUUGAAACACACGUAGGAUAAGGGCAAACCAGUGCUCGUCACUACAGAGCCAUGAAGGUCAGGCGGCAGAGGUAGAGCCAGGUCUCUCUCUCUCUCUCUCUCUCUCUCUCUCUCUCUCUCUCUCUCUCUCUCUCUCUCUCUCUCUCUCUCUCU